CUUCCCUGCCCGCCCGCAGCGGCAGCCGGGCCGCCCCCCCCAGCCCGCCAUGCCCCCCAAGAAGCAGCAGCAGCCGGCGGGGGGCAGCAAGAAGGCGGAGCAGAAGAAGAAGGAGAAGAUCAUCGAGGACAAAACCUUUGGCUUAAAGAACAAAAAAGGUGCAAAACAACAGAAAUUUAUCAAGGCUGUGACUCACCAGGUUAAAUUUGGUCAGCAAAAUCCACGCCAGGCUGCUCAAACAGAAAGUGAAAAGAAAUUAAAGAAAGAAGAUAAGAAAAAAGAACUACAAGAAUUAAAUGAACUCUUCAAGCCUGUGGUUGCUGCACAGAAAAUUAGCAAAGGUGCUGAUCCCAAAUCUGUAGUUUGUGCUUUCUUCAAGCAAGGGCAGUGCACUAAAGGAGACAAGUGCAAGUUUUCUCAUGAUUUGUCUUUGGAAAGGAAGUGUGAAAAACGAAGUGUCUACAUUGAUGCAAGAGAUGAAGACCUUGAAAAAGAUACAAUGGAUAACUGGGAUGAAAAGAAGCUAGAAGAGGUGGUGAACAAGAAGCAUGGUGAAGCCGAAAAGAAAAAACCCAAAACUCAAAUAGUCUGCAAAUACUUUCUUGAUGCUAUUGAAAACAACAAAUAUGGAUGGUUUUGGGUCUGUCCGGGUGGCGGAGACAAUUGUAUGUAUCGCCAUGCACUCCCUCCAGGUUUUGUAUUAAAAAAGGACAAAAAGAAGGAGGAAAAGCAAGAUGAAAUUUCCUUAGAAGAUCUAAUAGAAAAAGAGCGUGCUGCCUUAGGACCAAAUGUUACCAAAAUCACUUUAGAGUGUUUCAUUGCAUGGAAGAGAAGAAAAAGACAAGAAAAAAUUGAUAAGGCUGAGCAAGAUAUGGAAAGGAGGAAAGCAGACUUUAAAGCCGGCAAAGCAUUGGUGAUUAGUGGACGCGAAGUAUUUGAGUUCCGACCAGAAUUGGUUGAUGCAGACGACGAAGAAGCAGAUGAUACCCGCUAUACUCAAGGAACAGGAGAAGAUGAUGAGGUGGAAGAUUCCGUGUGCAUAAACGAUGUAGAUUUGAGCCUGUAUGUCCCGAAGGCUGUCGAUGAGACUGGUAUUACUGUGGCUAGUCCUGAGCGAUUCAGCACAUACGCUUCAAUAGAAAAAGACGAUAAUAAAUUAAGUGAAGCUUCUGGUGGUGAGAUAAACAGCAGCGAGCAAAAUGAAUUAGAGGAAGAUAACGACGGAGAUGAGGAGUUGGAAAAUGGAGUAAUUGAUGCAGUUCCAGUUGAUGAAAAUCUUUUUACUGGCGAGGACUUGGAUGAACUAGAAGAAGAACUAAACACUCUUGAUUUAGAAGAAUGAAUUAAAAAGCUCAAGUGUGGAUUAAAAUCUAUGUGACAAAGUGAAAACUGACUACAUUUUCUUCUCCUUUUUGAAUAGAAUUCUUAAACAGGAUGUUUAUGGUUACCCAGCUGAUUCUGAUGGGCACGUGAUAUACCAGGAGUAUUUUCCUUCAAUCUCAUCUACUCCAAUCUUGACUAUGAUCACAGUAAAAUAUUCAGAGUAGUUCAUAAUUACCUGACAGCUGAAUUUGCAGAAAAUGAGAUGGUCUAUUUCAACUAAAAGUAGGAAGCGUAACUGCUUUGCCAGUGUGCAUGUUGAUACCAGGUACAGUACGAAAUCAAAGGGAACGUUCUUUACCAGAACUGCAUUUUUAAUAGUGAUUGUGUUGAUUUAGAAACUGCCUGAAGUAUUUUUAGGCAGUAUACUAUUGGAGCUGAUGCAGAUUGUGCUUCUUGAAGUUCUGAUUAGCUUUAUUUGAUCAGCUGGAUGCUGAGGAUACAGAUUGUGAGCUGAUAUGUCAUACAGUACAGCGAUACGGUGCCCUUUGUUUAAAAUGUUUUAAACUUUCCCACCGCCUUUUGCCAACAAAACUGUAAAUAAAAAAUAUCAACUUUAAAAGACCCGUGUUGAUUUUUCUCUCUUAAGUGAGAAUAUUAGAGCAAACUGUUAACUUCAUUUUUUUAAUACACUGAUAAACACUUUCCAGUCGUGAUACAGUAAUGCAGAUGUUGGCUUAAGUUAAAUUAGGGCUGGUUACAAUUAGAUUUUUUUCUACACUUUGUGCAGCCUGUAAAAUUGAGCAAAUUGACAGAUUUAGAAACGGUGACCUUUUUUCCUCUUCCAUUUCUGCUCUCCUACCUAUCCAUUAACAGGUUUACUACACUAUACAACACUCGCUGCUGUUUCCAGCUCAUGCUUUCCCCGCUGUGUUUCUAUGUUAGCGAAGACUGAGAGCUCUGCAGAGCAGGGAGGUUAUGGUCUAACAGGCCUAUCAGAUCGUUGGUGUUCUAUAAAUAACCCCAAGUUGUGCAGUAAUAACGCUCACCUCAAAGCAGAGCAGUGGAUUUCAUUGUGUACCCUGCAGGGGGCAGUUAUUAAGGUUUAAAUAAGUCACUAUGGCCUUUGAAAAUUUAUCAAAACCUUACCGUAAGGACUUUCCUGUAGCAGUGCUUUUUCAAGGGGCCGUAGGUUACGCCUCAUUGCCAUGGUACUGUCUCUAACAGUACUGCUGUUCUCAUGAUACCGUUUGUAUCAGUGUUUUUCUAAAGUUUUCAAGUUACUUCUUAAAGACUGUUAAGGUUCAUGGCAUUGUUAGUGAGCUUACUUGAACCCCUUUUGAGUGGUAAUACUAGCUUUAAUGGUUAUUUUUGACACUGCUGAAUCAACUCUUAUUAAUGCUAUUUCUGAAAUAGCUGACUUUUUUUUGCCCUUUUGGGUAUCUUUGUGGAUAUUUUUUCUUACAGGAACAAGAAGCAGUGUUUAGGAAGCAGAGACCCACUGAAAGUGAUUUGUAACUGCAAGUGUUUAAGGAGAAGCUGCAAUAUCAGAUAAAUGUUUAUUUCUGCAGAAUUUUCUCCUGUGGCCAUAAGUGUUGAGAGAUUAUUUUAUUACACUGGCCAGCGACAGGAUACCUGGAUAUCAGGACACAAGAAUGCAAUUCAUAUUUGAAUGUAUGACGCAUAAUUUUUCAAAGUUAUAUAUUUUAAAUGGGAAUAAAAGUAAUCAUUAUUAAGGA